GCCGACGAGUGACGGCCGGCGCCGACAGCAGCCUCCCUCCCACAGACUCACUUGUCGCUUUGUUUUCGUUUCGUGUUAUGGCAAAAUUCAUCUGACACAAUGAUGAGACGCCUUCGUUUGAGUUGUGUUUGAAAAGCUGGAACAACGGCGAGAUUAACGACCUCUGCCACAUGGUUUCACCUGGAGAGCUAUAAAAAUCCAGUGUGCAACGUGCGAUGGCACUGAACGCGGCCGUGGUGGUUUGGGAAUGGGAGAACAGGAACCUGCGCUGGAGGCCCUACAGCCCGGAGGUCACGCAGCACCUGGAAAGGGCCCACAACAAAAAGCUGACCAGGGUCAUACUGAGAGACGCCGACCCAAUGCUGGACAAGUUCUUCGUCAACCUUACCGAUAAGCUGCAGUGCUCCGAAGGAUCCAGCAUGCCACACAGGGUGCGGAGGAGUCUCUUCCUGAGUAACUCACUCGCUGGCAAAGGCGCAAAGUGGGAGUGGGAAGGAGAUGGUACAGACUGGUACAUCUACGACAUGGACGUCCAGUGCGCCAUUGAAGAGGCUUGGGCCAAGGGAAAUUCUCAUAUCAACAUUGGAAAAAUCUACCCUUGUUACCCAUACACAAUCAACUUCGAUAAGUUUACUCAGGUGCGGAAUGAUACUGGGUUUCAAAGGAAAGUGAAGCGUGUCCAGCAACCGUCUUAUCCCAUGACCAAAGUCACUGCGGAGGAAAUGCAGCAGAUCGUACAGAAUCAUCAAUACAUCACGACAGGCUUGAGGCCAACGAAGUGUACAAACAGCAAGAGCCACGCCACUGCUGGAGCCUCUUCAAGCCGCUCAAGUUCAAAUGCUUCCAGCGGCGCAGUCAAGAAGUCCUCGACCAAAAGCAGCAGCAAAUCCUCAAAAAAGAGUAGCAAGUCUGAUGGCAGCGACAAAACCACGAUGGUGAAAAAGAUGACCAGCCUGUUCAGCAGUGGCAGCAGCAAGUCGUCUGCUUCGUCGUCGUCGAACUCAAGCAGUGCCUCGGUAGUGCAGCAGCUUCCGGUCCAGCCCCCUCUGCCGCCGCUCCCUCCCCGCAGCGGAUCACUGGUCAGUUGUAUCUCCAGCAUGGACGCAAGCAUGGACAGCGUGCUGGACGCCGACUCAAGCAGCACCAAGAGCGGUCGUCGGCACAGCAUUGACACCGUGUCCACCUACCUCAGCCAGGAGUCGGGCGAGCCAACAGCCGGCUCCAGGAGGCCAAUCGACAGUGACGACGAAGUGUUCCAGGGAGUUUCUCACUAUUACAUGCCAAGGAGGCAGAGAAACUUCCCAGCAAUUCUUGGAGUGGACGAAAGUGUCAGCAAACACCUGAAGUGCACAUUUAGCACCGUCGAUGGCCAGUGCCCAGUUUGCUUGAUGGACCUGAAUGACAACAGUGAUUCAGAGGGAGUGGUAAUUUUGUGCCUUUGCCAGCAUGCCUUGCAUCUGCCUUGCCUGCAAGCCCUAAUCCAGAACCAAAGUGCCCACUCCAAGGGCAAGUAUCUGCAGUGUCCGCUCUGCAUGAUGAUCUAUGGCCAAAAGGUUGGCAACCAGCCUCUUGGCGGUUCGAUGAUCUGGAAGCAGAUCCACCACUCUCUGCCUGGCCACCAGGGCGUUUCAACCAUUCAGAUUACAUACAACUUUCAAGGCGGCACUCAGGGGCUUGAGCAUCCUUCUCCUGGCAAACCUUUCUAUGCCGUUGGCUUCCCAAGAAUAUGCUACAUUCCCGCCACUGACCUUGGAUGGAAGGUUCUGGCAUUGCUGCGCAUUGCAUUUGAUAGGCGCUUGAUUUUCACCGUUGGCCGAUCGACGACCACUGGACGGGAGGACGUCAUAGUUUGGAAUGACAUCCACCACAAGACUGAACUGAGGCAACAGGUGCACGGAUACCCUGAUCCGAAUUACCUGAAAAACACUCUGCUUGAGUUGGCAGCUCAUGGCAUUUAUGAGUCUGAUUUGCCUUAAAGAUGUGUGCCAUUGUCUAAUUUCAUUCUCUCGUUCAUUUAAUCAGGCAUCACUUGUUAUAGCGUGAAAUGUGCCUCUGGAGAUAUUUAAUUUUGCUGUGUUUAAAUUUACGGAACAGAUAAAGAAAUAACAGCUGUUGUGAGCCGUAGAAAUAUUUAAUCUUGUUGUGAAAUAUUAUUUCCUUGCUAACAGAAAAAUUUUCAGAAUCAGCAACGCUCACAGGAAUUAAUGUAUUAAGUGUACAAGAUUUUAUUCGAAAUCAUCAUCUUUUUAGAUAAAGAAAAAAAUAAGUAGUUUUCGAAAUUACGCCCUUCAUGAGAUACAAUGCUCUUGCCAUAUAUUCAUAGGUUUUUAAUGUACAUUGUACAAGCCAUUUGAUAUCAAGACAUAAUGAAUAUAAAUUUUAAACAAAUAA